AUGCUAGAAGAUCAUUUGGCUGAAGCAUUGCAUUUAUUAAAAAAAUAACCAUAACAUAGAUGCAAAAUGGAAAUAGAUCUAUUAGUUGACCUUACUUAAGAACUACCCUUUUUUAAAUAAUAUUAAAAAUAAGAGAAUGGAUUAUUAAUUCAUCGUGAAUGUUGUAAGCAUAUGUUUGUGGAACGGUUCUUAGCAACUGAUAUUGUAUUUCAUGUUGGUAUGGAGACUCUAUUAAUAAUGCAGAUUCGAUUGGCACUAAAUUUUAUGUGAUUCUAAAUGGUCAAGUUGAAGUUUUAAUUAAGAGAAGAGGUUUUGAUGAAUUAGAAUCUGUAAGAAUUUUAAAACAAGGAGAAUCUUUUGGAGAAUUGGCUCUAAUUCAUAGAUAACCAAGAUUAGCAACUAUACGUUGUGUGACUGAUUGUUGUUUUGCUGUUUUAGAUAAGUAAUAAUUUCAAUAAAUUUUACAUUAUGAGUAAACAAAAAAAAUAGAAUAAGUAUAUAUAAUCAAUAUUUUUAGAAUGUUGAUUAUUUUUCUUAGAUUUCAAUUUUUCAUCAACUCAAUCGAGCUUAACUAACCUAAAUUUAUUUAAAUUCAUUUCUAUAUGAAUAUGAAAAACAUUAAAUUGUCUUGUAAGAAGGAGAUAAAUCUGAUAGUUUUCUAAUUGUCAAAACUGGUUUAUUUUAAGUUAGAAAAUAAAUUAAUAAAUCUCAUCCUUUAAUUGUAAUUAAUAUCCCCAUCAUAGUAGUUAUUUGAAAUUGCAGAAUUACAAGUAUUUGGAUUUUAUCAUUUGUUUAAUAAAAUCCCAUAUGAGUAUUCUAUUGUUUGUCUUAGUCCUAAAGGAUAAAUCUAUAAAAUACAUAGAACAUCUUUAAUUGAAAAAAUAUUUGAAGGACAUACAUAAGAUUUAGAAAAACAUAUGUAAGAAAUUAAUUCUUAUGUAAAUUUUAAAGUUCAUCAAGAAUAAAAUACUCAUCUUAAAUAUCCAAGAUUUUUUUAAAUAAAAACAUCGAAUGAAUAAGACAAAGAGAUUCAAGAAGAAUUUAUAAGAACAUGUAGAAAUAAAGAAUCCAGAAACAAAAAUUUUAAAAGUAGAAAUCAAUUGAUAAAAUAAAAAAUGGAUUCCAUGAUUGAACAGUAGAAGAGAAAACUUGGACCGAAAUUAAGUCAUCCUAAAUUCAAUAGUUUAUUUGAAAUCUUUCUAAAGUCCCAUAAAGGUUUAAAAGACAAUUAAAGAUAAAACAGCCCAUCCUUAUUAGAAACUCCAACAAGAUAAUUCGGAAGUAGUAGUCACUUUUAUCAUAAUGAUGAUCUUACAUAAAAUCCGUUUAUUACAAUUAGAAGUAGUAGUCCUUAAAUGAUGAAUAAAGGAAAACAAUUUAUAACUCUAAAAGUAUCUAAUAGUCAGAAAACAAUUGUGAAACCGAAUUUAAAUCAUAAUAUUAAAUUCUAAUUUCAAGAGUACUUGAAUUCAAAGCAUUUAUACACUCAAAAAAGUGGUAUAUCAUUAAGCCCAAAAGUAAUGAAGCUUAAAGUGUAUAAAAAUUGA